AUGGGCAUCAGAGGACGCGUGGUGGAUGAUUCUCUACUCUCUGGACGUGUCAACAACUUCUCAUUUACUGGUGAGGAAAUUGCUCAUGCUUACAAUCACUUCUAUGGCCUGUCGAUCACUGGUUUGCGGUUCUUCACAGUCUAUGGCCCGUGGGGUCGGACGGACGUGGCUUAUUACUUUUUCACUCAACAUACAUUGCAAAGGAAGCGGAUUGAGAUCUUUGAAGGGCCUCAGCAUAGUUCUGUAGCUAGGGACUUUACUUACAUUGAUGAUGUUGUUGAGGGUUGUUUGGCGACUUUGGAUACAGCAGAGAAGAGUACCGGAAGUGGGGGGACCAAGGAAGGUUCCGUGCAGUUGCGGGUUUUUAAUUUGGGGAAUACUUCGCCAGUGCUGGUGACGAAACUUGUGAGCAUAUUGGAGAAGCUUUUAAAGGUGAAGGCCAAGAAGAAGUUGUUGCCAAUGCCUAGAAAUGGGGAUGUGAAGUUUAAACAUGCGAAUAUACGUUUGGCUCGGAGGGAACUUGGCUAUAAGCCUACCACGGAUUUCGAAACCGGACCGAAGAAGUUUGUGAAGUGGUACCUCGAGUACCAUUGGGGUUUGAAGAAGUAUUCCUCGUGAAAUCUCCCCAGUUUUGCGCUUAAUCACGGUUGUCCUUUGUAUGGGUUUGGCCAAUAGAUUGACAUUUUUUUGGUGAUCUUAUAACUGGUGUGAGUUCACAUUUUGAUUGAUAUUUUGGCCUUGAGUUUUGCACUGUGAUCAAUAGCACGUUCUACAAUGAGGAGACCUUUGGUGACAUUUUGAGACGCUGAUGACUGUUUGUGGAGGAUUCGGAGCUGUUUCAGUUGAAGUUUAGAAGUGUUGAACCAUGAUAUUGACAUCCUUCUUUCUUCUUCUCAGGACACGAUAGCAGAUAAGAAAUUUUACAGUUCAUGGAUGAUCAAUUACAUCAAUUUGGUUUUUAUUUGACCCCUUUUAUUAAUCUCAAGUUAUUCCCUCCCAAUUGCAAUAAGAUAGUCAAUUUUCUACUUUGUGAACCAUGGUUAAGGGAAUCUGCAUCAUGAAGAUUGUUUGUGGGGUAGUAUGAAGCAAUAUCGUGAUAUAAGUCGUAUUUGGUUUCAUGCUCGACAUGGGUGGUGGGAAGCUGUGGAAUCUGAGAACAGGAAAGAUUGUUCGAAGAACAAAAGGUUGAUAGCAGAAUUUAUAUGCACAUUUUCUUCUGAUAAAGACACGAGACCAGAAGUACUGUCUUUUCGUUUGGUUGUCUUUGAUCUUUUUCCAUUGUCGCGCAGUGCGCUCUGGAGCUUUGGCAUCGAGUUUGAAGAUUGUGCUUAGACCUUGGAUGGAUGUUCAAUGCUCCGCCCUUCAUUCUUUGGCAGAACUUACUCCAUGGGUUCUUAAAAUGAUGAUUUUGAUGCUAUGCUGAGAAUGCGUGAUCUUUCCUUCACGUGUUCCCAACGAUGUCUCCUAUUGUUGAUUUCAUC